AUGUUCCUUGAGAAUCCAGCCUGCCCUCCAAGCCUCAGCCAGGCACAGCUGCUGAGCGUUGCCAAGAACCUGACCAGCAAUGUGUUCGUGCAGCACCUCCCCCAGACAGAGCGCCUGCUGGCAUACAGAGCUCUCCAGGCUCUUGUCCAGGACUAUGGGCAACAGCUGCUGGAUGCCGGGGUCAGUCUCUGGGAUGCAUGCCUGGCGGGGAUGGAUGGCGAGAGGGACCCUCGCGGACUGCUGGCCGCCUUUGCCCUGGCACGCUCCCUGAUGGCACUCUACUCCGCCCAGCCCAGCAACAGCCUGGCUGCGGGACAGAUGGAGGAGGGCUCUGAAGAGCUGUUCGACAUCCUCUCCUGCUACUUCCCCAUCAGCUUCAGCCCGCCUGCCAACGAUCCCCACGGCAUCACGCGCGAGGGCCUGGCCCGCGCCCUGGCAGACGUCCUACUGUGCAGCCCCGCCUUCCUCCCUUACCUCCUGCCAGUGCUGCUGGAGAAAUUGGCCUCGUCCCUCAGGCAGGCCAAGACCGACGCCCUGGACCUCCUCCGUCGCGUCCCCGGCGCCUGCUCGCCCGCGGAUCUGGACGCGCACGCCGACUGGGGCGAGGUCUGGACCCGGCUGCGGGCCGAGAUCUGUUUGCCCGAGGCCCUGGAAGCGCCAGCGCUGGGCAGCGCCCAGGACCUCGCCACCCCCGCGGCGCAGUGCCUCGCCGAGUGGGUAUCGCAGCUCAGCCGGGUCCGGCACGGCCUGGGCAGCUCGCUGGUGCAGGAUGCUGCGGUGCAGCAGGCGCUGCAGUGCCUACGGGACCCAGGGUCAACCCAGGCCGCCCAGGCGCGGGCCAGCAGGCUGGUGCAGGCCGGCGUGCACAUCUUGAGCGGGGUGUGCAGCUCAGUCGCCGCCUGCGAUGAGCUGGAAGAUGCUCUGGGUCGCAUCACCGAGGCGAUCAAGUCUCCGACUGCGCCGCUGGCAGCGCAGGCGCUGGCCUGGCAGGGCCUGGCGCAGAUGAUCAAGGCGGGCCCGAGAAUACUGACGGCACUCCUGGCUCCAUGUCAGGAAUGGGUGCAGCUCGCCAUUCGCAGACACGAUGUCGCUGAGGCACAGCAAGCUUCUGAAGUCAUAGCUGUCUCCGAUGCAGACCUCUGGACCCUGGACUGGCCCUGCACGGCUUCGACCGUCACCCUGCGGUCUCUGUGCUUCCUGCAGCGCGCCGUGGAAGUGCUGGGGCCCUCGGGGCUUGGGCCUGCCGCCCAGGAAGCUGCCCUAUACCUCACCUUGCAGGCCAUGGACGCCGCCGAGCCCGACCUGGCCGCCAGUGCCAUGCAGACGCUGCUGGCCCUGGCGCGGUUCGGGGAGGAGAGCAGGGCGCUGCUGGCCAUCGUCCUACGCGCGGCCUUGCAGGGCGAAGGGCCCGGGGCCUGGGCGCCCGCCGGCGACGCCUUGGUGCGCCAGCUGGCGCGGGCCUCCGCCACGGCGUGCACGAUGGGCAUCGAGGCUGCCCUGGCCAGGCUCAGGCCCGACGCAGAGGGCGCGGCAGCCAUGGAGGCGAUUGGCGCAGAGGGCAGCAUCGACGCUGGCCACGUCCUCGCCGCCCUGAACUGCCUGGCAGACCUGCUGACGCAUCCGCAUGAUGAGAGCGGUAGCGAGGGCGUCCUGGCUGCCUUACUGGGAGCCUACAAGUCGGGGACUGAUGGGGAGGCCGAGGCUGCGGCGCAGCUCGUUGCAGCCGCCCUGCCGGGCGCGAGCCCGGCGGCGCAGGCUGCCUGGGCAGGCCGCGCCAAGGCCUCAUUGCUGGCUACCGAAUCCGACCCAGGCGUUGCGCUCGUGCACUGCGGGGUGCUGAUCGGGUGCAGCAGGGCGGCCGCGCGUGCCGCCUGCUCGUUGACACUGGUGCGGCGGCUGAGCGAGCUGUGGCGGACGGAUGGCCAGCGCUCGCUGUACAUCGAGGCAGCGGCCUCUCUGGUCAACAAGUGGCCGGACGACCGGCCCGAGGGCUUGGUGCCCGCGCUUGAUGAGGGGAUCGCGGCCUGCUGCCGGCCCGCCGCGGGCGUCGAGGACGGGCCACGCUUCGUGCGUGGGGUGCUGGCGGCCGCCGCGCAGCGCAGCCCCUCGGCCCUGGUCCGGCCGCUCUGGCGGCAGCGCACCCUCACCCUGCUCGUGAGCGCGCUGCUGCGUGCGCUGGGGCCCCCGCCGCCGUUCGUGCCCGCGCUGUGCACGCUGGGCGCGGCCCUGACCUCGGUGGACCCCGCUUUGCAGCGCAGCCAGCUGGCGCGCGUGGAGACGCUGCUGGCGCCCUGCCUGGCGGCCGUGGCCGACCUGCCGGGCCCGGAGCAGACCGUCACGGGGCUGCUGGACAUGCUGGCAGGGCUGGCGGGUAGUGGCGCCACAACAGGUGAGGGGGGAAUGGGGUGGAUAGGGUCGUUCUCGCUCUGA